AUGGCGAUUCCCAAGACCUUCAAGAAUCUAUUAGCUUUGGCCGAGAGGCGCUGUGCAUUCCACCCUACAAGCCAGACUGGCCAUUCUCUGUCUCUCAUGACCCUGGCAGACAUCCUACGUGAUCGCUCCAACCGCACGGGAGACAUACAAGACCUUCAAGAGGCCAUUCAAUACUACUCUGAGGCGCUACAUCUCCUCCCGACAGACCAUCCUUCCCGGGGGGCUCUGCUUUUCAAUUUUUCCCGGUCCCUCACCAUGCGGUACUAUACCCACAGCAAGGACGUGCAGGACCUGGAUGAGGCGAUUGGGUGUUUGCGAGAGGCACUGGGCCUUCAGCCCGCGAGCGACUGUAUCCGCGGUGUGCAUCUUAGCGGCCUCGCGGCGACGCUCAUUAUUCGGUUCGCGCACGGGUACGAUAUGGAAGACGUUCGAGCGGCCAUCGAGAUCUACCGGGAAGCGCUGAGGCUCCUCCCGACAACUUACCAUACAAGGCGAUGUGUAGCUUUCAACGCACUCGCGGCGGCACUCGCCAUAUGGUACGGGAGCAGCAAGGAUAUUCGGCAUCUGGAGGAAUCGAUUGGGUAUUGUAAGGAGGUGCUGGGGCUUCGACCGGAGGAUUGUGAUUCGGAAAAACGGCGCGUGGCAUUGUGGCUCAUGGGGAAGGCUUUGUUUAUGCGCUUUGGACAUACGAGUGAUAUUGGGGACCUUAGGGAGUCCCUUGUAUGCCAAAGGGAGGCUCUGUUGAUGUUGCCAGUGGGUCAUCCUGAUCGCUCGGAGUCAGAGCUUGAUGAUAUCGCUUCCAACCUCGCUAGAAUCGAGGCGGGCCAUCGUGCUUGA